UUCCACAGAAUUUGCUCACUAUGUCUAAAAUUUGCAGUAUAAAGCAGUGGUAUUUGUUUUGAACAGCAACAAAUAGAUAAAUCGCGACAUAGGAACAAAAAAAGUAUUAAAAUUAUACAGUUUAUCCAAGCAGAGCAGCGCUAGCUAGCGGCCUUAUUGCCGCCUUACACGACGGAGCAUCAGAAUCGGAGAAAAUUAGAGAGCUUAAUAAUAAUACUGUAAAACGAAAAAGGAAAAGAAAUGUUGCCAAUCGUUAUUCCUCCUCAGUUCCAUCCUAUAAUUUUUGUCAAAAGCAGCAGCCGGAAUUCCCAAUUUAUCGGCGAUUCCGAUUUUUCAUUAGGUUUUAGAAGAAGAACAAGUAGUUAUAAAAGUCCUUUUGCCGCCCAUAGCUCCACUCACUCCGACGACAACGAUACUUCAGUUCUUGCAACUGAUGCCGCUCCUCCGACACGUCCAGCUUUUGACAAGUUGAAAGCACAAAGGUUAAAGCUGCUUAAGAUAGCCGAGUCCUUGAAGAAAAAUGUCAGGACUAAUGUACAUGUACCAUCCCCAGCUGAUGAACAUUUUCACAACCCGGUUAUCUCAGAUGCGAAAUCGAAUUCAUCGCCUUCGUUAACACGAGAUUCUUCAGCAACCAAGGCUGGUAAGGCCAUCAGAAGCUCCAAUGCCAAGUUUAAGAAUGAGGACUUUCACAGGGUGGAGCCAGAUAAACCUCGAAGAUCGGCUUUCAAAAGAUCUGGAGCAGGAGGUUCUUCUUACUCCAGAGGAUGGGGUAAUGCAGGUCUUACAACAACAUCUAUGCAAGAAUAUAAAUCAUCUGCCCAGACUGGCUUCUUCAGUAAACAAUCCUUUACUGAUUUGGGAUGCAGUGAAUUUAUGAUUGAAUCUUUAAACAAACAAAGUUUUAUGCGCCCCUCUCAUAUUCAGGCGAUGGCAUUUACACCUGUAAUUGAAGGGAAAAGCUGUGUCAUAGCAGAUCAAAGUGGAUCAGGCAAGACACUGGCAUACCUUAUACCUUUAAUACAGCGGCUGAGGCUAGAAGAACUUCAAGGACUCAGGAAAUCCUUACCACAUAGUCCAGAAGUACUUGUGAUGGCACCAACUGCUGAGCUGGCUUCUCAGGUUUUGAAUAAUUGCCGAUCACUGUCAAAAUUUGGGGUUCCAUUUAGAUCAAUGGCCGUAACUGGGGGAUUUUCGCAGAGAACUCAGAUGGAAAAUCUAGAACAAGGUGUUGACGUUCUAACAGUGACACCAGGUCGUUUCAUGUUCUUAGUUAAAGAAGGAUUCUUGAAGUUAUCAAAUCUGAAAUGUGCCGUGUUGGAUGAGGUAGAUCUACUUUUUAAUGAUGAAGACUUUGAGGUUGCACUGAAAAGCUUGAUGAGUUCUGCUCCCGUUGGCACGCAAUAUCUGUUUGUGACGGCAACUUUACCAGUGGGUGUGUAUAACAAGCUUAUUGAGAUUUUUCCUGAUUGUCAAGUGAUCAUGGGGCCGGGUAUGCAUCGUACAAGUUCUAGGCUUGAAGAGGUUCUUGUAGAUUGCAGUGGACAACAUGGGGAAGAUAGAACUCCAGAAACAGCAUUUAAUAAUAAGAGAACUGCUCUUCUGCAGGUCAUAGAGCAAAGACCCGUUCUCAAGACAAUUGUUUUUUGUAAUAAGAUAGAGACGUGCAGAAAAGUAGAGAAUGUAUUAAAAAGAUUUGAUAGAAAAGGAACAACUGUACGAGUUCUUCCAUUCCAUUCUGCUGUGGCACAAGAAGCGAGGCUUACAAACAUGAAGGAAUUCAUGAAUUGUAGCUCCGGAGAGUACUCCUUGUUUCUGGUUUGUACUGAUAGAGCAUCACGGGGAAUUGAUUUUACCGGUGUCGAUCAUGUUAUACUAUUCGACUUUCCACGUGAUCCAAGUGAAUAUGUGCGACGUGUAGGAAGAACCGCAAGAGGUGCAACAGGAAAGGGGAAGGCAUUCAUCUUUGUGGUUGGGAAGCAAGUUUCCUUAGCACAAAAGAUAAUGGAGAGAAACCUUAAAGGUCACCCACUGCAUGAUGUGCCAUCAGCCUAUGAGCUUAUGAGUUGAAAUAUGUUGUGUUUGAAGGAAAUAGUGAUGGAUCUAGUGGCUAAUGUAUCUCUUUUUUUCAUAUCUUUGCGCCUGCAUAUGGAGCAAAUAUGUGAUUUUUUAAUUUUUCAAUAUUAGGGUUAUUAUAUAUUUUAUCUUACAAAUUAAAAUACAUAAGUUUAUGUUACUAUAAUUAUGUAAUAACAUUAUAGAUUAUGAAGCUAAAAGUGGAGUAAAAUUUAAGAA